AUGCGAAAACAGACAAAUGGAGGAGUGAAAUACAAUGCAGUACUACUGGAUGUGUGCUACAACGUACCACGUGCUAUGAUGUGUCCCAUAGAGGAAUUUCUGAGCGAUGAUGUGAUCGAUGCGAUGAAAGCUAUCACUUCCUCGAACGGUAGAGCUUUCAAAGUUUUUACACCUCUGAGCGUACUCAGAAGUAUUGGUGCUUUGGUGAUUAAUUCAAACAAUUUAGGAGCAGUUAUUGUAAAUAUUAUUACUAGCAGGGACAGAACAGACGAAGCUGACCGGUUGAACUUCCUCUUCUCGCGUCAUUUUCCUUCGUGUUAUCUCAUGGCGGAUGGCAAGGUUGACCGGAUGCUGUUCUGCUCAGCUAAAGAGAACAAUUCGUGGUUGAAUAACAGGGAUGAACUGUACAACCGUUACGUCGCUGUGGAUGCUGCUUUAGGAUUCAAGCUCGUCCUGAGGAAGAAAUUUGUGCCAAACGACUUGAUGUAA